CCUUCAUCCUUAACCUUGUGUCUGACCUCCAAAUUUGUUAACCCGCCCAGUGCGAUGUACAUUCGUAAAGAGUUGCUUCUCGUUCUACCAUGUUUUAUGUUUCCUUUCUGAUAUGAGUAUUAUUUCUCUUGCUCUUUCAGUUACGCAAUUCACCCGUAAUGAAAUGGCCGAAAAUUGCAUCGUUGAGGUAUCUUCCGGUUUGAUAAAGGGUUUGAUAGCCCCGCUGCCCGACAGCGAUGAUGUGUGCUACUGCUUCAAAGGCAUACCGUAUGCUAUCCCACCCGUCGGAUCGUUACGUUUUCGUCCCCCACAACGCUUAACGCGACACACGGAAGGUACAAUAGACUGCACCACAGAACGGGCCGUCAGUUUAGCCGGCAGCUAUCUCCCACCGGAACCGCAGCUCGCGUCGGAAGACUGUUUGUUCUUGAAUGUUUACACACCGAUAAACCCAAACGAGCUGGGGAAGGCUGACCGGCCGGAGAACAUACGCCCACUACCGGUAAUGGUGUGGCUACACGGUGGUGCAUUCUGUACCGGAAGUGGCGGCUCGUCUAUUUACCAUCCCGAGUGGUUGAUCGCCCACGGUGUAAUUGUCGUCACAGUGAACUAUCGGCUUGGACCUGCCGGUUUCCUCUGCUUACCAUCGGUGGGCAUUUACGGCAAUAUGGGACUGAAAGAUCAACGUUUGGCACUGGAAUGGGUGCAAACCAAUAUCGGCAAGUUUGGAGGUGAUGCUGGCAAUGUGACCCUGUUUGGGGAAAGUGCUGGAGCAGUUUCGGCCCAUCUGCACUAUCUGUCCAAGGGCUCGCAGCAUCUGUUCCACAAGAUCAUAUGCCAGUCCGGUGUAGCGUGCAGUUCGAUCACGUUUCAAAAACAUCCGGAAACCAAAACCCGACAGCUAGCGGCAUACUUUGGCUGCUCAUCGGAAGCAUCCGAUACUGAAGUAUUGGAUACUCUCCUCAAUAUUGAGCCGGACUUGUUAGCCAAAUCGCAAAAAGAAGCACUAACACCGUAUGAGAAAACACUUGAUUCCGUUUAUCCAUUCCGACCGGUACUUGAGCGACCAGAUUCGAUUGAUCCAAUAAUAACGGAAGAUGUAUUUGCGUUGCUGCGACAGUCGAAUGAACCAUCCAAACCAAUGAUACUCGGUGUGACCAAUGAGGAAGCAUUGUACAAGAUAAAUACCUUCCGGCAACAUCUGCACCGAUACGAGGAAGAUAAAUGUCGCUUUAUUCCCGACUUGUUGAAUGUUCCGCUAGACGAGCGGCCACAGGUAGCUCAACGUAUUGUAGAUUUCUACUGCGGUCCGGCUGGAGUAUGCUUAGAGCGAGAGUUAGAGCUAAGCCGCAUAUUUACGGACACCUUAUAUCUGAUUCCCGCUGUACAAGCUGCUGAACUGCAGCUAAUCCACAUGCAAGGGGAAAUAUUUUUUUACCACUUUAGUGCGGAAACGGAACUGAACAAAUUCCGUCAACUAUGGAAGGUACCAUCGGAAUAUCGUGGAGCAAGCCAUGCAGAUGAUGUUUGCUAUCUGUUUAGCUCGCGUUACUUCGCUACGGAUGCGUUAGCACACGGUUCGGAAGCAUGGAAAUUGAGAAACGCGAUGUGCAGUCUGUGGACCAGUUUUGCCAAAACGGGUGUCCCACAGCUGGAAGACACCGGUGUGAAGUGGACUUCCCUAAAGAGGUCAGAAAUGGAAUCGUCUAAUUUAUCGGCGCUGGAAAUAGGUGUCGAAUUGAAAAUGGUACAAAAUCAUCUCAAUGAUCGUGUAACGUUUUGGAGGGAACUGUUUAAAAAGUACAAUAAUUAGUUGAAUGUAUUUAUUAUACUAGUCUCGAUCACUUAAACUCAUUUUAUGGUGUCUGAUAAACAGAACUGUGUUUGUCGGAUAUUGUUAUCAAUUUUUCGUCUGAUGUUUGAUUUAAGGUCAUACUGAGAAAUGUAAAAUCAUUAUCUAUAAUGGCAUAUCUUCGAUCCAUUUAAUCGGUUUUUAUUGGUUGAUCCGAUAGUACGCGUGUCAAAUUGUUCGAUAAGAUAGCAUUUAUCUUGCAUAAGCUUACUUCUUUUAUAAAUAGUGCGUAAGUAUUGAAGAAUUUAAUUGAAACAUUAGAAAAUAAAGAAUAUACUUAAGAUUUCCGUUCGUGAUAAAAUC